GCCAUUCCGGAGAGGCCCAUUCGGUGUCCUGCCCAGAGCGAAGACAGUGGGAGACCGGGAGAGCAAAGCAGAGAGAGAGAGAGAGGAUGGGAGGCGUCCCCCGGGGCCCCGGGAGAUGCGGAGGAGAAUGAGGGGCUGGGCCCCCGCUGCGGCCAGGGCCCUGGCUCCAGUGCUCCCCGGAGGGCCGGGCUGGUGAGCGGCUGCGAGGAUGUGGACCUUCCUCACGCAGCUGCUGGUCACCCUGGUGCUCCUGGGCUUCUUCCUGGUCAGCUGCCAGAACGUGAUGCACAUCGCCAGGGGCUCGCUGUGCUUCGUGCUGCAGCGCGCCCACCUCGAGCUGGACAGGGAGCUGGGGGAGGACGGGGGCCUGGGCGACGAGGAGGAGGCCGUCUCCAGCAGGGUGGUCCGGCGCCGCGUCCUCCUGAAGGGGAACGAGCUCCAGAAUAUUCCAGGGGAGCAGGUGACAGAGGAGCAGUUCACGGAUGAGCAGGGCAACUUCGUCACCAAGAAGGUGGGUGAUGGUCACACCUUCUCGGGGCUGGCCAGAGGUGGGUGGGCCGGAAGCCAAAGGGCGGCAGAACUGAGGGAGCCCCAGCUUCCCUCUGGCACCCCGACAGCAGGGUGGGGGCUCGUCGCCGGCACUGCUCGGCAGGGCCUCUCUCUCUCUCUGCUUUGCUCUCCCGGUCUCCCACUGUCUUGCUCUGGGCAGGACACCGAAUGGGCCCUCUCCGGAAUGGCGCAGCCCGGCCCCAGUGCCCUGCCCCCCCCACCGUGA